UAUUUUACAUUCUCUGUUGUCACUUUCACCUUCGUAUUUUGUUAUUGUUUUGUGAGUUUGGUUUUAUUAAUGAAAUGAAAACAAUGAUUUAUGUUAUUAAGUGUUCCUCUUUAAUGUAUGAUUCAAAACAUACAUGACACAAUACUUUUGUAUUCUAGACAAUGAGUUCUAAAAUGUCUUAGAGUUUCAGUUUGAUUGUACAAUUGUUACCAGCUACAAAGUCAUUUUUAAAUAAAAAAGAUAUUGUUUGAAUAUGAUACAGAUUAAAAGUCAGAGUUCAGAAUUUUAAAAUUUUAAAUUCUUACAUUGGGAAUAAAAAAGAAGUUAAUACAAAGGAAUGAAAUAUCUAUCUUGAAUAUAUUUGUACAUACUCCAAUGCGCAUAUAUUAAAAAACAAAGCACAUAUGCUUAUUUGUGAAAAGUAAAUAUCGCUUUGACAUACAUAGAUACACUACAGCAACAUAUAUACAUACAUAGAUGAAGCAUUGUAGAAGCAUUUAAGUCCAGCACUUACAGCAAAAUGGAUGGUGUGAAGAAAAUUCUACUUAUUAGUGGAAAAAGAAAGUCGGGAAAAGAUUAUAUUUCGAGCACACUGAAAAAUAUACUUGGUGACCGAUGUCAAAUAGUUCGAAUCUCAGAGCCUAUAAAAACAGAGUGGGCAAAACGCCUUAAUCUCAACUUGGAGGAGUUGCUGAGUGAUGGUCCGUACAAGGAAAAUUAUCGUAAAGAUAUGAUUGAGUGGAGUGAUUCUGUGCGUAUCAAGGACUACGGAUAUUUCUGCCGAUCUGCAAUGUUACAUGUGCACGCUGAAAUUGUAAUUGUUAGCGACAUAAGACGAAAAACAGAUAUUACAUACUUCAAUGAAAAUUAUGGCUCACUUGUUCUUACAAUACGGAUUAAUACAAAAGAUUCAAUACGUGUCGAACGAGGUUGGAUUUUCACAAAAGGUGUCGAUGAUGUGCCUUCCGAGUGCGAUUUAGACGAUUAUAAUCAAUGGAACAUUGUGCUGGAGAACAAUUGUUUUUCGGACGGUGAAUUAUGUAUUAAAAUAUUAGGGGAUAAACUUGCAAUUUAAAGAGAGGCACAUGUUAAUUUAGUUAAGAACUCGAAGAAAAGCUUACAUAAACAUUUCAAAAAUACUUAUGUAUGCAUGUAUAUACAUAUUAUUUGAGCUUUACAUUAAAUAUCCACUGUUAAAGUUUACUUAAUAUUGUAAUAUAAUUUAAUUUAAUUAAUAUUGUAAGCAAAUUUUAGGCUGGAUUAAUAAAACUAUAACAGAAGAAAAUAUAAACUAACAAUUUUUAUACUCUCGCAACAAAUGUUGCUGAAGAGAGUAUUAUAGUUUUGUUCACAUAACGGUUGUUUGUAACACCCAAAACUAAACGAGUUAGAUAUAGGGUUAUAUAUACCAAAGUGAUCAGGGUGAAGAGUGGAGUUCAAAUCCGAAUGUCUGUCUGUCUGUCUGUCCGUCCGUCCGUCUGUGCAAGCUGUAACUUAAGUAAAAAUUAAGAUAUCUUGGUGAAACUUGGUACACUUAUUUCUUGGCACCAUAGGAAGGUUGCUUUCGAAAAUGAGCAAAAUCGGUCCACUGCCACGCCCACAACAUGGCGAAAACGAAAACACAUAAAGUGCCAUAACUAAGCCAUAAAUAAAGCUAUGGAAAUAAAAUUUGGUAUGAAGUAUCGCACUAGGAAGGGGCAUAUUUGGAUGUAAUAUUUUUGGGGAAGUGGGCGUGGCCCCGCCCCCUACUAAGUUUUUUGUACAUAUCUCGCAAACCAAUAGAGCUAUAUAAACCAAACUUUCUGCAGUCGUUUUUUUUAGCCAC